ACAACAGGCAAAAAGAAAGUUCUCAGCGGGUCUUCGCUCCCCUCUCUCCGUCUCCGCAACACCCUCUCCCACUACGCCGUACUUUCUUUUUCGUUUUUAUUCCGGCCAGCGCAACCCGACUGCCGCUAGACUCAAGCAGAGCCGUUUGCCGGCCUGCAGUCGAGUGCGGUCGCGUCUGUAUCGGAAGCAACAAGCAUGUCUACCGGAUUCGCUUCCAAUAUCCUCGCCUGCGUCGCGUUCCUGCUCCUCACCCAUCAUGCGGCGCGAGCCGUGCCAACGACCACGCUGGGGCCACCGACGGAUGGCAAUGUCCACCACGACAGCGUCGGCAGCGAAGGAACAACCACAGAGCUCCAUGCGCUGACACCAACAGAGGCGCCGCGAGCCGCAGAGAGCCCCGGAGCCUUCGUGUGUGGUGCGCCUUGCAAUGAGUCCUUCCCGGUUCCGGUGUGCGGAUCGAAUGGCCGAGUCUACAACAGCGAAUGCUCAAUGAUGAACGCCAACUGUCGGAAACAGAGAAGGAAGCGCGGUUCCUUGGAGCCGGUGCGCGUGGUCGAGUGGGAACGCUGCCGCGGCCGGCACCCGCUGUGCCCGGACAAGUGCCUCGACAUCUACGAUCCGGUGUGCGGCAAGGACGGACGCUUCUACCCCAACCUCUGCAUCAUGCAGCGGAGAAAUUGCGGGAAGGUCAUUGGCACCCAGACCUUGGCCGUAUGCAUAGCGAGCGCCCGAGAGGCGCGCAAGCUGCAUUCAUGUCCCCAGGAUUGCUCGGAGCUGUACGAACCCGUGUGCGGCUCCAACGGCGAGGUGUACCUCAACGAGUGCUUCUUCAAGAAGGAGACCUGCGGGAGCAAGGAUCCCGUGCAGAUGGUGCCCCUGAGCCGGUGCCUGGAGCCCCCCAAGUGCCCCAAGCGCUGCCUGCCCAUACUGGAUCCAGUGUGCGGCUCAGAUGGACAGCGAUACCUCAACCACUGCCGCAUGCAGCAGAGAAACUGCGGCCGGAAUGUCGUCGUGAUGCCAAAAAGUUUCUGCUCGUGACCGAGUCCGCGUUUGUCUUGUUUUCUUUUUGUUUGUUUACCAUUUUACGAGAUUCAAUAAAACCUUUUUUUCCCAAAA